GUAUCUUGGGAGCACUUACAUGGGGAGGAAAGGUGAAGGUAGGGAGUCUACCGAGACUUGACAGGAGUUGGGCUUUUUGCAAAAACACAGUCGGGGAAUCAUUAACCCCCCCCCCUCGCCUCCACCUUCAGAUUAGUACUUCCCAUCCCCCCCGCCUGAGGCAGUCGCCCUCCCGGGCUGUGUCCUUCCCCUCCGCGUCCAAACGGAGGCUACAUAGCUGAGGCCUUCGCCUGGACCAGUCCCAGGCUCUAGACAUUUAGGUCACGGCCCCAAACUAGUCGUUCUGGUUUCCAAGGCGUUUGCGUGAGCUCCUGACCCCCUACAGCCAGCCCAUCCUCACAUCACACACCUCGGGGCACAAAUCGGUUUUAUUGAGAGACUUUAGGCCUGCAAAGACCUUGUGACUAGAGCGAGGGAUUCAGAUAAGCUACAAAAUCCUUUUUCCUCAAGAGAAACGCCUUUAAAUGCUAAGUAAAAGCCCACCUAGGUAUCGGGAAGGGGUCCCAGGCAGAGGUGCGGGACGCCUGGAGCUCGGAAGUCUGGAUGCGGUGCGAGUUCUGCGUCGGAAGCCGCCCACAGGUGCUCCCAGCUAAGGGCAGAUUGUGGGGGUCCCUCAAGUUGAAAGACUGGUGGAAACCACGCGAGCGUGAGUCAGCGCUGCCCCAGGGGCCCUCCGCCCCUUGGAGGUGGGUCGUACACCCGGAGCCGAGUAGAGUAGGCCAGGAGAAACUGGGCCAGGCUGCACUUUUAGCUCGAGGGGCCUCGAGGACUCUUCGCGUCCCUGGAGACAAGGGCACUACACGCACUUCAUAAUGAAGAGUUGCGGGAGCAUGCUCGGCCUUGGGGGGCUGCGGCUCCCCCCGGCGGGGAUCCUGCUCCUGUUGCCUUUCCUGCCGCCGCUGCUGCUGCCCGCAGCCCCCGCGCCCCAUCGCGCUUCCUACAAACCGGUCAUCGUGGUGCACGGGCUCUUUGACAGCUCAUACAGCUUCCGCCACCUGCUGGAAUACAUCAACGAGACACACCCUGGGACUGUGGUGACAGUGCUCGAUCUCUUCGAUGGGAGAGAGAGCUUGCGACCCUUGUGGGAGCAGGUGCAAGGGUUUGGAGAGGCUGUGGCCCCCAUCAUGGCAAAGGCCCCUGAGGGGGUGCAUCUCAUCUGCUACUCGCAGGGAGGUCUGGUGUGCCGGGCCCUGCUCUCUGUCAUGGAUGAGCACAAUGUGGAUUCCUUCAUCUCUCUCUCCUCUCCACAAAUGGGACAGUAUGGAGAUACGGACUAUUUGAAGUGGCUCUUCCCUACCUCCAUGAGGUCUAACCUCUACCGGAUCUGCUAUAGCCCCUGGGGCCAGGAAUUCUCCAUCUGCAACUACUGGCACGACCCCCACCAUGAUGACUUGUACCUCAAUGCCAGUAGCUUCCUGGCUCUGAUCAAUGGGGAAAGAGAUCAUCCCAAUGCCACUGCGUGGAGGAAGAACUUUCUUCGUGUGGGCCGCCUGGUGCUGAUUGGGGGCCCUGAUGAUGGUGUUAUUACCCCCUGGCAGUCUAGCUUCUUUGGUUUCUAUGACGCAAAUGAAACGGUCCUGGAGAUGGAGGAGCAAGCGGUUUAUCUGCGGGAUUCUUUUGGCUUGAAGACCCUCUUGGCCCGGGGAGCCAUAGUGAGGUGUCCGAUGGCUGGGAUCUCCCACACGGCCUGGCACUCCAACCGUACCCUAUAUGAGACCUGCAUUGAACCUUGGCUCUCCUGAGGAUGUCCUCGGGGAUCCCCCAGGAACUCCCCAGCCCAGAGAACAAGUGGUGGCCUUGGAAAGCAGAUGUCAGGCUCUGGUGUGCCUGUGACCACCCCAUUGCUCCCACACUGCCCGUACCAACCAGGGCUCCCAGGACCCCUUCCUCUUAUCCUCUGUACAUGACAAAUCCUGGUCUCCCCACCUCAGGUCUGGGGUUUGCUCGUGCUCUCUCACCCUCCCAAGGCCGAGGUUGGGAAGAGAGAAACCAGGUUUUUAACUUGUGGCUGCUCGUGCUGCUGCUGCUGCUGUGUCUCUGGCUGCACAGAAGGAGAACCCAGCCCCUGCCCACUACAGGGGUCUCCUUCUAGGCCACUCAGGUCAUUUUUAGCUUCUGUUCUCCCCAUGUUCCCUUUUCCUUAGCCCUCCCAAUUCCCAGGAAGGACUACCCAUGAGAGUGGGGUUCUGAGGCUCCCCUAUGGGGACAGUUCCGUUCUAGAAAUGUCAGUGUUGGGGAAUAUCUAUGGCCCGUGAGGCCCAUCUCAGGUUUGGGGAUCCCCCAGUCCCUAUGUUCAGUGUUGGGGUACCCCCUGGGAGCCUAGUUUCUUUGAGGCCCCAGCCCCUCUUUUAGCUACCAUUGAAUGGGUGUUAACCCUGUAUUAAUGGAAAUAAAGUUCCAUUUCCUCA